AAUGCAACAGCAUCAUAACAGCUAACUUCUGCACCAAUCAGCAGGUGCCGCUAUUCAUUACUGUUCCCGGUGCGUGUACAUCAUUUAGCUGCAAUCGGUGUUCUGCCACUCCAGUAUAGAUUGUCAUUGAGAGCGUUUUGAAUAAAAAGCACCAAUGAUUAUUGUAAUCAUGGGACCAUGUGGUUGCGGGAAAUCAACGGUAGGUAGUGCACUGUCUAGUCAUAUUAAUUGGCCGUUCAUAGAAGGUGAUGAUUAUCAUCCUGAAAGUAAUCGAAAGAAAAUGUCUGCGGGAGUUCCUCUGACCGAUGAAGAUAGGAUCCCAUGGCUUCAGUAUUUAAGAAAUGAGUUUUCAAAGUAUGAAAAUGCUGUAGUGACGUGCAGUGCUUUGAAACGUUCUUAUCGUAAUAUCUUAUCAUACGAUAACGUCAACAACAACAAGGAUUUGUUAGAACAUCGCAUAAAAGAACGCAAAGGUCACUUCAUGCACCCAUCACUUAUUCAAAGUCAACUUGAAAUAUUAGAACCAUUCGAAGGAGAAGAAAAUCUCAUCAUAAAUGCAACUGAAUCUAUCGGCUGCAUUGUUAAUAAGAUAUUGAAAGCAAUAUCUCUACGGUCAACAGAGUAG